AGCCUUUAGGCGUUGGGUGGGCGGGGCGCUUGGCGACCGUCACGCCGGGAUCAGCUGUUGAACAAAAAUAGCCGCGGGGAACGAACUCAAUAAUACACGGGAGUUUGACACUAGGCCGCCGCCACCUAUGGUCACACUGCACAAUGGGCAAAAAAAGCAAUGCCAAGAAGGCCGCCACCAAAAGUGGAGGACCAGCCAAACUUCUACCACAGACCAGAGGAGAGCUAACUGCUAUUGUUGAUGAAGUUUUUAAACGUUGCACAAAGAUACCUCCAGCUGUUGCUCCAAGUGCAGCACAUGAGUGGGCAGAGUAUUUGGAAAUAUAUGCACUUAUUGAGAAGAUAACAAACAUAGAGAAAGAUAUCCAGCUGCCGUCAUAUUCUCGAAAGGAACAAGUGAUGCCCUUUAUGUCUUGGAUUGAGGAAAUGAAAAUUAUGGUCAGUGGAGUAGAAAUUGCAGAUUUUGAUGAGCAAGGAUUUGGACUUCGAGCAACAGAGGAUCUCAAUGAAGGUCAGGAGGUAAUAACUGUGCCCCGAGAAGCCAUGCUGACAGAAGAGACUGCCAGAAAGUCAUAUCUUGGUUCACUAAUAGAACGGGAUCCCAUCUUACAGCACAUGGGCAAUGUAUCCUUGGCGUUGCAUGUUCUUGGGGAGUUUGUGAACCCACAGUCACCAUGGCAACCUUACCUACGUAUUCUACCAUCCACUUACUCGACCACUUUGUACUUUUCACCGCAGCAACUUCAACUGCUUAAGGGGUCACCAGUCCUAGAUGAAGCGAUUAAGCAGUUUCGAAAUAUUGCUCGGCAGUAUUCAUACUUCUAUCGUAUCCUGCACUCUUCACCAGAGGCCAAAAGUUGGCCAAUUAAAGACUACUUUACAUUUAAAGCAUAUAGAUGGGCCGUCUCGACAGUCAUGACACGGCAGAAUCGUAUACCAGGUAAAGGUUCGUGUGGUCAGAUGGCUCUUAUUCCUGCCUGGGACAUGGCAAACCAUCAGGAAGGAAUUUAUUCAACAGACUACGACGAUGAAAAAAACUGUAGUGUGUGCCUAGCACAACGUGACUUCAAAGCUGGAGAUCAGUUCACCAUGUACUACAGUCAGCGUCCCAACACUGAACUUUUCCUUCAUAAUGGCUUUGUUGUUAGAGAUAAUAAGAAUGAUAGUCUGGCCAUCAAGCUAGGCGUCAGUAAAAGUGACACACUUUAUGAUGAGAAGGUGGCACUCCUGUUGUCCCUGGGCUUGCCCUCUGCUGGCUCUUUUAUGCUGAUUCCCGGACAACACCCCAUCUCACCGGGCCUUCUGGCCUUCACUAGGAUCUUCUGUAUGGAUAAAUCCUCGCUAGACAAGUGGAAAGAUGAUGGUGAGAAGGCAAAGGGACUACUACAUGAAGACUGUGAUGUGGGCACAACGGUUCAAGAUAAAACUUGGACGUUCCUCAACACCCGAGUUGCUCUUCUCACAAGAGCUUAUUCUACUACGCUUGAGGAUGAUGAAGCAGCUCUUCCAACUUUAACGGGUUUGGAAGCACUUGUUCGUUCUCAGUUGAUCUGUGAAAAGAUCAUCUUAAGGGACUCGGCAUUAUAUCUCUCAUCAUACAUCUCCAAGUGAGGACUACCUUCCAUGAAAAAAUGAAAACUUAAAAUGGAGUACAAUACUUUAAGAAGGGCAAGAGUUAGGAGAGUGGAGGCAGUGUUUGUUGUAUGGUGGUGAAGCACUUGUCACUACCCACUGCUGGUGUAUAUAAUUAUAAUAAUAAUGAUAAAUUACAGUAAUAGUUUAUUGUGGCAGUUGCACAAGUGCCUGGUGCUAAAGAUCAUUCAGGACCAGUGAUUCAGGUCAAACUUUUAUUCUGCGCGAAUAUGAAAAUGGUUGUUAAUUUAAAGAACAUUAGUUUGCUGUGAUAAUAAUAAUUGGCUGUUUGCCUCAUAUUUGGCACAAGCAUGAAGACAGUUGCAAGUGGCAUUAACACUUAUAUGGUAUAGUUUGCUAAAACAGGUUUUAAUAGUACCAUAGCUUAUUAGGGUGUGACUUUAAUUUGCCUUUUCUGUUGUAGGUGGUUAUGGAUUACUGCCUUUAUAUUCUUUCAUUGACUAGAACAUUCAAUUUGUUGUUAAGAGGUAUAGUAAGCGUCGAGGAACCCACCUUGAUAGGUAUAUUGCUCUAAUUCACAGACUCAAGAUGCUGUAUUUCAGGUAAUCCCCAGCUAUAGGAAAUAAGGUCACCAUAUGUCCAGUCUUUUUACCCCAUUUUGGGCUGAAUUAUUCUUUUGCAAUUGCUUAAUUAAUAUCACAAGAUGCUAAAUUAUUCAUAUUCUAGGUAGACACUGGUUAGUCCAGUGUGUCCAUAAUGUACAAACUACCAAGAACACAGUGAUGCCAUUUUGCCCCCCCCCCC